GCCUGCCAUGGAGUAUCGGACUGGACUGUCAAUCCUCCCGUCUUGCUGUUCAACUUCUCAAUCUCUCAGGAGGUGCUCACCCUCUGUGGCAACAAUAUGAAUAUUACAAGUCAAGUGGGAUCAGGGGUAUUCUCCGACUUCUCCCAAAUCCAGUUCGUUAAUGUCUCUGGAUUAAUCAAUUCCUGGGAUCCCAGCACCAGCACUAUCACUUACAGGCAACAACUGAUGUACCAGUUUUCGUGUCUGUAUCCACUGCAGUAUUUAGUGAACAACACUGAGCUCAGCGUGUCAGGAGUGAGUCUAGCAGUAAAGGACAACAAUGGCACCUUCGUCAGUACUCUAAGCAUGGGUCUUUACAGUACUGCCGACUAUACAACCAAACUCCAGAUACCAGGAUCUGGGCUGCAGUUGAAAACUCGCAUAUAUGUGCAGGUCAAGGCAACAAAUCUCACAAACAAGUUCAAUGUGUUGCUGGACCGUUGCUAUGCCACAACAAGCCCAUAUCCAACCAGCAGCACCUCUUAUGAUCUUUUUAUUGGGUGUAAUCGUGAUGCCCAAACAAAGAUUGAUUGGAAUGGGAUAUCCCAGGUAGCUCUCUUCUCCUUUGAGGCCUUCCGCUUUGUGGAACACAAAAACCGGUCCAUCUCCACUUUCUACCUGCAUUGUGCUACCCGACUCUGUGAGAACUCCACUUGCGCCUCCUUGCUUCCGAGAUGCGUUAGGAAAAGAGAAGUACAGUCUCCAGUGCAGAACUCUUCUGAUGUUGCCACUGUCUCCUCAGGACCAAUCAGCACUAGAGUUGACAACGCUGUCUUUAGGGAUGAAACAGAUGACAGUGACAGUGAUGUGGAAGAGAUGGAUACUCCUCACCCACCUUCAGAAGCAGAGUCUGAGGUUCCACUCACAUCUGACACUGCCCCAACUGGACCUGAUGACCACACCUAUUACAUGCUCCAUAGCACAGUAAAUUCAUCAAAGACAGAACUGUUGUUGACUGAGUUACUGGGUUCUGACCAGCCCACCAGGGCAAGUUAUCCCUUCCACAGUCCUUUAAAGAUAAACUCAACAUUUCCAAAUCCUACAGGGGGCGUUGUGCCCGCUAGAUUAUCCUCAUCAGCAUCCAUCCCUCAGCUGACGUAUGUUGGUGUAGCCACUGGCUUGCUGAGCUUCUUUCUAGUUGACUGGUUGUCUACAUCGGGGCUUGGACAGGGAUCGACAUCGGGGAUCGGGAAUUCCUUCCUUAUCACUUGA